AGAGCUCCUAGAGCGGGUCAGAGGUCCAGGAUGGCAUGUCAGCUUCCAUGGCUAUAUGGAUGAGAACAAGGAAAUAACGAGUCACAGGAAGAUCUUUUCUUUCUUUAGUGAUAGACCUAGUCAGGGAACAGAGAGAGAGAGGUGGAGGCAUGUGAAGGGCUCUGGGGCUGUGUAGAAAGCAGGGCCCCAUGAGAUUCGAUACCAGGACCUGAAAUCAUCCCAAUACCCCACUGCGCAGACCCAUCUAUAGGUAAAAACAACUCCUUAAGAGAAGCAGUGCGAUCUAUUUUUUUUGGGGGAAAGCAGCGCAAUCUAUCCUUUUGAUCUUUGUAUUGACAGCAGAGUUCUGUGCUUGUCCUGUCUCUCUCUGCAUCUUUACCUUUUUACUCUGAACUUUAGCUGAGAAGGGUUUAUAUUUCGCUUUUGAAGAAGAUAUAGCUUAUUAAAAGCAUAUCUUGAGAUGUUUUGGUAUGUAAGGCAGUUAGUCUUAUACUGAAACCAUCUCCUUCCUCGCUUCUUUUUUGAGACCUUUGGACCUUCCUCUCAUCGUCUCCUUGUCUUUGCUUCUUCUUUUCUGUCGUAAUUAGUCUGUUACCUUUCUCUCCAUCAUUACCUAUUUUAGACAAGAAAACAAAGCUAAAUUCCCUUCGUUGAAUUUGUGUUUUCGUUCUUUCUACAAUGUUGCUCUUGUCACACAUGGCCUUAACGUAAGUGGAGAAAACUACAAUAUCUUUGGUUUUUCAGCUUACUUAUCUGGCUUCCAAAGCUUUUGCUUAUAUCUCGAAUGGAAUUUGCUUUCUUUUACACCAGAUUUAAUGCUCUGCUAAUCUUUCUCACCCUCUUUUACCCCUGCAAGUUCAUACGGAUUCCCAUUGAAACCGUCUCCCUGAACUAUAUAAAAGCAACAAGCAUGGAUUUUGGAGGCUCUUCAAAUUUCCAUGAAAGCACAAGCACUGCUUCAGUAGAUUUUGGGGGGUUCAUCUUCAACAUUCCUUCUGCUGUUUUCAAGCCAAAGUCAUCAAGAGACAUUGCAGUCCUCUUGAGCUUCCUGUCAGCUUCUUCUUCUGCCAAGGUCUCAGUUGCAGCCAGAGGAGCUGGUCACUCCAUCCAUGGUCAAGCUCAGGCACCUGAUGGCAUUGUCAUUGAGAUGGACACUCUUCCUUCGUUAAUAGAAAUUCACAAACUUAUGGAUGGAGAAGAAGGAUUCCCUUAUGCUGACGUGAGUGGUGGGGCUUUAUGGAUUGAGCUUUUAGAGGAGAGCUUAAAGCUUGGUUUGGCUCCAAGGUCAUGGACUGAUUAUCUCUAUCUCAGCAUUGGGGGGACUCUCUCAAACGCUGGAAUCAGUGGCCAAACCUUCAAAUAUGGCCCUCAGAUCACCAAUGUCCUCCAGCUUGAGGUGGUGACCGGAAAGGGAGAGAUUGUAACAUGCUCACCUACUCAAAGUGCAGAACUUUUUUAUGCGGUUCUCGGUGGAUUGGGACAGUUUGGAAUCAUAACAAGAGCAAGGAUUUUGCUCCAAGAUGCUCCGCAGCAGGUAAAAUGGGUUAGAUUAUUCUACGAUGAUUUCCAAACGUUCAUAAAGGACCAAGAGCUUCUGAUCUUAAUGCCAGAUAAGGUGGACUAUGUUGAAGGUUUUAUUGUUCUUAAUGAGAACUCUCUUCACAGCUCCUCCAUGGCCUUCCCAAAUCAACUAGAAUUCAUCUCUGAACUCCGAAAGGACAGUUCCAAAGUUUACUACUGCAUUGAGUUUGCAGUACAUAGCCACAAGAAUGAAGAAAUCAAAAUAGAACAAGUGGUUGAUGAAAUAACUGCUAAAUUGAGAUAUCUUCCUUCAUUCAUCUAUAGUGCUGAAGUUUCCUAUUAUGAUUUUCUCAAUAGAGUGAGGAUGGAGGAAAUGAUCCUUAGAGAGAAAGAACAAUGGCAAGUGCCUCAUCCUUGGCUUAAUAUGUUUGUUCCGAAGUAUGGGAUUGCAGAGUUCAAGGACUUGCUGUUUGAGACUAUCUCCCGUCAUGAUUUUGAGGGCCCAAUCCUUCUCUAUCCACUGCUAAAAGACAAGUGGGAUAUGAACACAUCUGUGGUGUUGCCGGAGGCCUCAUCGGCGACAGAGGUAGACGACGAGAGGGUGAUCUACGUGGUGGGUUUGCUUCAGUCAGCUAAUCCUAGUCGGUGCACGAAGACCUGUCUUACUGAUCUUCUCGAGCGACAUAGACACGUGGCAAAAAUGGCCGCUAGUGAUCGAAUAGGAGCAAAGCAGUAUCUGGGCCACCAGCCGUCUCUGGACCAAUGGCGAAAGCACUUCGGCAGUAAGUGGGAUCGGUUUGCCGAUAGGAAGUCCAGGUUUGACCCUUUGGCUCUACUGGCACCCGGACAAGGAAUAUUUCUCAGACCAUCCGCUUCUACGUAAUAGCGAUAUGGCACUGGAAAUUAUUUCGCUUAUCAUUUGUUACACAAGAUGAUAAGGAUAUAGAGAAAAUUUUAUGUUUUGUGUAUUGAAGAGAAUGGUCUGUGAUAUUGUUAUCUUCUACAAGAAAUAUCUAUUUGUUUUUUCAAGGAGAGUUAAUAAUGUUAGAAAUUUGAUUAUUUACAA